AUGGAGGAUUUCGACUAUCUUGAGGCUCUAAAGUGGACCAACGAUUAUAUCAAUUCUUUUCAUAAAUUAUAUAGAUUAAAUAUCAGCUCAAAUGAUGAAAUUGACAAAUUUUACCAAGAUAUAAAAAAUAAAUUUAUCUCGACUAAAACAUUUUCGCCAUCUAGGAUUCUAGAAAUAAUUUCAAUAGCAUGCUUAUAUAAUAACAACUACAUAAAAUCAUAUUGGGCUUUAUUCAAAAAGUUUUAUGAAGAAUAUCAGCCUUCAAAUGUUCAAAACGUAACAUCGAUAUUUGAUUACUUUUUAUUUAAAGAAUACGGAGUCAUUUUAAAUGAAGAUCACAAAAAAUAUUUCCAAGAUUUCGAAGAUAAUAAUUAUUCUUUAGAUAUUUAUGAAGAAAACACUAUUUGCAAGGCAAUUAUGAAUGAUAAUAAAGAAUUGCUUGUAUCAAUCCUCGAGGCAAAAGGAGGAGACACAAUAAUUACGAUUAAAAGUCCAUUUUAUCCAAACUCGAAUGCGUUAAUAACAUUACCUGCACUAUGCUGCUAUCAUGGCGCAGUUAACUGCUUUAAAUUAUUAAUCACAGAAUAUCUACAUUUGAUUACGAGGGAAUAUAAAUUUCGUCCAACAGUUAGAUGUGCCUGUUAUGCUUUUUUAGGCGGAAACAAAGAAAUCAUCAGUAAAUGUGUGAAAAAGAAAUGUAUAACUUGGGAAUGCAUGAAAUAUGCUAUAAUUGCACACAAUGUCGAUUUCGUUACAUAUUUGUUAAAUGAAUACAACAUAGAAAUCAAUUUAAAUGAUUGUGUCGCGUUUCAAAACAUUCCUGCUUUUCUCGUGAAUUUCGAUAAAACUAAGGAAAUCAACAAAUGUCUUGCUUUUUCAUCAAUGUUUAAUUAUAUUCCGCUUUGUGAAUUUUUCAUAUCACAUGGUGUGGAUAUAAAUGCAAGAGGAAGAGAUGGAACUACGGCGUUUCUCAAAGCUUUUGAAUGCGAUAGUAAAACAAUAAUGGAAUUCCUUAUUUCACGUAAUGCUGAUUUCAACAUAUCAAAUCACUAUACUCAUCAAACAGCUCUUCAUUUAGCUGUAAUAAAAAAUCGUAAAGAUUUGGUUGAAUUUCUAAUUUCACAUGGUGCUAAUAUUAAUGUAAUAGAUCUUAAUGGAUUAACUCCUCUUUUUUAUUCAAUACAACAAAACAAUGAAGAAAUAAAAGACUUACUUAUGUCAAAUGGAGCAAGUAUCGAUUUUAAACCAAAUGAACAUGGAAAACAUGCAAUUCACAUUGCUGCAGAGAAUGAUGAUCUAGAAAUGAUCCAAUUUCUUCUUUCUCUCGGUGAGAAUAUCAAUAUAAAAGAUAAAAAUGGAGCAACACCUCUUCAUUAUGCAGCUUUAGAUGGUUGUGCCAAAACUGUCGACUUUCUUGUUUCACAUGGAGCUGAUAUCAAUGCAAAAGAUAAAGAUGAUAAAGUUCCUUUGCAUUAUACUGCAUUGAGAAAUUAUAGAGAAUGUGCCAAAAUUCUUAUUUCACAUGGUGCAGAUCUCAAUGCAAAAGAUAAAGACGGAAAUAAUCCUCAUCAUUAUGCAAUAGCGAGAAAAUUGCAAGGAUUAGAAAUUAUUCUUGAUCCUGAAAAUCCAAAUUUAGAAAGUGAAUGA